AUGGCAAAAAGGUAAAGACAAACACAGACUUUUGUUUGAUUCCCACAGCUUUUUCCGUUAUAAAGAGACGUCUGAGAGCUUUGAAAGUUUAAUUUCCUUCAUUCCUUACAUAAAACGUCACUUUAGAUUUAGAUCCUGUAUCACUCACACACCAGACCAGUUGGCACUCCAGUGACCAAUUCUAACGCACUCCAAACGCCAACAAAAAGCCACUCAUCUUUAUCACUUGGCUUUAACUUUAGCCCAACUCUUUCGUCCACUCAAGACCGUCGCAACGACUUUCAUUCUUUAAGAUUCACCUGAAUUCUUUCAUCCACACGGUCAUCCUUAAUCAACUCAAUUCAAAUCAUCCUACAAGCUCCAGAAAUCUUUAAGAUGUCUAUCUCAACUUCUCGAUUACUCGCUUUUUUGAGCAUCAUCACUCUUACUUUGGCUCAAUCUCAAGAUACUGGUGGUGAUGUACCUUUGUACACCAAGAAAUUCACUUGGCCAAAUUUACCUCAACAAGCUGAUACGGGAAACGGUCCCAGAGGUACUCAACAAGGUUAUAAUCGUUGUAAUUCUACUACUCAAAACCAGAAUUCAAUGUGUCAAACCUCUUUCCUUAAUUCGAUCAAUGAGUUCUGUCUUUGGGGUGCCCCUCAACCAAAUACAGUUGUUGGUGAUGUAGAAGGUGAAAUGGUAGCUUAUUGUACUACUAAGAAGUUCGGUACUCGUUUAAUUCAAGGUGGAGCACUUCAAGGAGUUCAAUUAAUCCGAACACCUGGUUACAUUGAAGUUAUCGGAUUCAUUGAUCAAACUGCAUUAAACUUACAAGCCAAUGAUACAGGUGGAGAAGAAGAUCCUCAUGGAGCCGAUCAAAGAGGUAAUCCAUUAGGCGGCUUAAUGUAUUCAGAUGCUUUCAACACUCCAGGUGGUCCAGCUUAUACUCAAGUAAUUGAAUGGAGUUAUUUCAUUGGAAGUGGAAUUUUCUGUUACAAAGCUUGUGAUCCUGCUGGUCCUAAUGCCGCUCAACUCUGCCAACAUGUUUAUGACCGAAUUGGAUGUCGAUACAAUGCCCCAGCUAAUUACCCUGCCAUCAAUGGCACUUUCCAAUCUUGUAAAGGUGAUAACCAACUCCCGGCUGGUAUUUAUGUAGACGGACCUACAACGAAAACCUUUGUUCAACCCCCAGAAUCACUCGGACCAAUUGCUACGAUUCCUUAUACACCAGUGAUCCCAGCCACAUCCGAAUGUACUACAUACACCUCAGCAGCACUCUACACAGAUUUGCCUGCACCACCUAUCAACACAGCUACCUUGGCCGUUCCUACUGGUACUUCUAAACCUUCCGAUACGAAUAACGGAAACAGUAUGCCAGCAGCUACCGGUACAUCUGGUCGAAAUGCAGCUUCAUCUGAUGCUUCUUCUUUAGAACUUCAUGGGGUCUUCAUGGCUCUUUCGGCUGUUGUUGCUAUUGGAUUCGGAAUCAGUUUAGUUUAAAAUCGACUCUUUUUCCCCUAGUUUUCACAACUUGUUGAUAUAUUUUUACCUCUUGAAUGGUUUUGUGUGUGUGUGUGUUGUGUGUGUGGUUUGUGCGACUUUAAUAUUUUUUUACCAGCCAAUCAUAUUGAAUUCUUAUCAUUGUUUUGAUUGUUUGGUCUUCCUUUAACCGAUUUACUUCUUUCGUGUGGUUUUUGGUUUUGGUUUUUAAGAAUGAUGUAAUGAAUCAUUUAACAUUU